AUGCCUCGUGCCAAUGCUCCCAACAAUGUCGCCGAGGAAUUGCCAUUUGAGGGACCGAAUUUCUUUCGUUUGCGUGUCUGCUACGCGGUGCUGAGUGGGCGACCGAUUGUCGUCUCGGCGAUUCGCGAAGACGAGGAUAACCCCGGGAUACGAGACUGUGAAUCGAAACUUCUCUCGCUCAUCGAAAAGAUCACUAAUGGGACAAAGAUCGAAAUCAACAGUACAGGCACAAGGGUCACCCUUCGACCUGGGAUGAUCACUGGUGGAUGUGUGACGUUGAAUUGCGGAAAUGAUCGUUGUUUGAGCUAUUUCCUCGAGCCGUUGAUACUCAUCUCACCAUUCUGCAAACAAGCAAUGCGGAUAAAGUUAUUGGGGGUGACAAAUGCCCCGAACGAGCUCUCCGUUGACCAAAUCAAAACUGGAUGGCUGAACGUCUACAAUCGUUUCAUUUUAAACGACGAGGCGCUGGAUUUAAAGAUUGAACGACGCGGUUUAAAGCCGGGUGGUGGCGGGGUGGUGAUCUUUUCGGCGCCUGUUGUGCGGAAUUUGCGACCACUCAUUAGAGAAAAGCCGGGAAAAGUGUGCAAGAUUCGCGGACAAGCUUUCGUGACAAAAGUGUCUCCCUCGCUCGCUCAUCGGGCCAUUGAUGCGGCCAAGAAAACGCUGCGCGAUUACAUCUCCGACGUUUAUAUCACUGUUGAUCAACGAAAAGGCGACGCCGGUGGAAAUUCCCCGGGCUACGGUCUUUUUCUCUACGCCGAAACAACGGAAGGUGUUUUCUACACAGCUGAGGCGAUUUCCCGGCCGAAAGGCGAAAACGGCGAUCCUAUUGUGCCCGAAGAUGUCGGAACGGCCGCCGGGGUGGCGCUUCUGGAGGAGAUCGCAAGGGGCGGUUGUUGCGAUUCGUCAUCCCAGGUGCUCGCCUCGACUUUUAUGGCGUUAGGCGAGAAAGAUGUAAGCAAAUUCCUCAUGGGACCGCUCUCAACCUAUACAAUUCAUUCACUUCGCCACUUGCAACAAUUCUUCUUGACCACGUUUAAAAUCGACGACUUUGCCGCACUGGAUGCGGGCAAAAAAGCGCUUGAGGCAGAUAUGAGAAUCGGGGAUCCGCAUAAGGCUCUUCUCACCGGAGUUGGCGUCGGUUUUAAGAAUCUCAACAAAAUUAUCAUA